UUUUUAACCAUAUCUUCCGUCUUGCGAAAAAGCUAAUUUGACAUUUCUCAUGUUCGUGAGGCGAACGGAAUUUAGCUUCACAGUCACAGUCAAUCGAAAUUUCCUCUCUUGAGAAAAUAAAGCAAAAAGAUUUCAAAGAAAAUAACACGCGUUCUCCUUUUCUUCUCUGUAAAACAUCUUCGCGAGUUGUAUCCGCGAAAUAUUAUUCGCGAACGUUUUCGCGACGAGCGCGGCCGGUCUCCUUUUGUUAAGCAACGGGGUACGCGCAAUGAUUGCGGUAGGUCACGGAGUCACUUUAUAUUCAAGAAUUCAAGAAUAGGGCUGUGCCUAUCGAUCCGUGCAUAGGCCGAAGGGUCGCCGUCACGGGAGUCAAGAACCCCAGCAACCGUUUCCACGGUCGGUUGUUUGUCAUGGGAUGCGAAAAUCCCGAGGGAAAAAUUCGGUGUGAUAGUGCAACGAGAUAAUGGAGGCCGAUUGGUGGAAUCUCAUUCCGGAUCAAAAUCGUGCUGCGCGCAUCCCUGAAGCUCUGCUUGCUCUGGAUGGAAGGGGUAUGGCGUUCACCAUCGAGGAAAGGCAGAUGCUGGGUAUACAUGGUCUCCUACCGGCAGCCGUGAAAACCCAAGAAGAGCAGUUAGAGCUCUGCCGCCUUAAUCUGGAACGUUACACGGACGAUCUGUCGAAAUACAUAUAUCUCAUAGGCCUACUGGAUAGAAACGAGAAACUCUUCUACCGUUUGUUGGCAGAAGAUGUAGGUAAAAUGAUGCCGUUGGUGUACACGCCAACCGUGGGUUUGGCGUGUCAGAAAUUCGGUCUGGUUUACCGUAGGCCACGCGGCCUCUUCAUAAGUAUUCACGAUAAAGGUCACGUCUACGAUGUCUUGAAAAACUGGCCCGAGCACGACGUACGCGCGAUCGUCGUCACGGACGGCGAGAGAAUAUUGGGACUGGGUGACCUGGGUGCUCACGGCAUGGGCAUUCCCAUAGGCAAAUUGUCUUUGUACACUGCCUUAGCUGGUAUCAAGCCCCACCAGUGUUUACCCGUCACUCUCGACGUCGGCACCAAUACCCAGUCUUUAUUGGACGACCCCCUGUAUAUAGGUCAUAGACACAAACGCGUCACCGGGCCCGAGUACGACGAGUUCGUGGAAGAGUUCAUGAAGGCCGUCGUCAAGCGAUAUGGUCCAAAUACAUUGAUCCAGUUCGAGGACUUUGGGAAUUUUAACGCGUUCAGACUGCUUCAAAAGUAUCGCAACGACUAUUGCACCUUCAACGAUGAUAUUCAAGGCACUGCCUCCGUCGCCGUUGCCGGGUUACUGGCAUCUCUUCGCGUUACCCGAACAAAACUUUCGGAGAACACGAUUGUGUUUCAGGGUGCUGGAGAGGCGUCGUUAGGUAUCGCGGCAUUGUGCGUGAUGACAAUGCAAAAAGAAGGGAUAAGCGAGGAAGAAGCUAAGAGCAAAAUUUGGAUGGUAGAUUCGAAAGGAUUGAUUGUGAAAAAUCGCCCAAAAGGUGGACUGACGGAGCACAAAUUGCAUUUUGCUCGCGAGGAUACGCCGAUCGAUACGCUGUUGGACGUUGUUAAGACCGCCAAACCCUCGGUCAUUAUCGGUGCAGCUGCUAUCAGGGGUGCCUUUACGACGGAAAUACUAAAAGAAAUGGCGCGUAACAAUGAGACGCCUGUUAUUUUCGCUCUGAGCAAUCCAACGAGCAAAGCAGAAUGCACCGCUGAAGAAGCGUACAUUGCUACUGAAGGAAGAUGUAUAUUCGCGAGCGGCUCGCCUUUCCCACCAGUCGUAUACAACAACAAAACUUAUUAUCCUGGGCAGGGUAAUAAUAGUUACAUAUUCCCUGGAAUCGCACUAGCCGCGAUAUGCGCCGGUAUGCGCAUAAUUCCCGAGGAGACUUUCCUCAUUGCCGCAAGGGCUCUGUCCGACUUGGUAUCGCAAGCAGACUUGGACAGCGGAAAUCUUUAUCCGCCAUUGGCCGACAUACAGAAAUGCUCGCUGAGUAUAGCGUGUAAGAUCAUGAAAUAUGCCUACAAGAACUGCUUAGCGACUGUCUAUCCCGAGCCUACGGAUUACGAGAGUUUUGUCAAGGCGCAACUAUACGAUCCAAUCUACAAGUCGUCACUACCUCCACUUUACGCAUGGCCGAAAUUAUAAUACUUUCAUUAAUUUGACGACGUUUUAAUUCCACUCAAUUAUUUCGGAUUUACGGAAGAGUAAUUAAUAAUAUACAUAAAUGUUAAAAGCGUACUAUAAUAUACAUAACGUUUGAGGGAAUUUUUCGGGAAACGAAUUUUCCUCUCUUUUUUAAAGCCUGUUGAUCGGGCUUAUUUUAUUUCUAUCACCGCAUAUGUGCGAAUGUGACCAAUAUAAAUAUAAAUUACAAUUUUUAGGAAUAUUAACAUAUAUUUAUAGGAAUAAAUUUAUGUUUAAUAUAAAGCCAUUAUUUGCAAAUAAAGUAUAAGCUCGAUGUAAGAAUUGAUUUGCUGGUUGAACAAAUAAAUAUCAAGGCUGGUUUGAAA